AUGAGAGAGAGCAAAAACAGCUUGACCGGCAAUCUCAGUAGCCAUGAAAUCUCUGUCGUUGAACUUGCAUCUACGUUAAAUUUAAGCUUCCGACGAGACGUGGGCCAAGUGGCUAAAAGCGGCAAACAUUAUCCGUCUCCCCAUGAAAUCCUGGCACAGAUCUUACGAAGUCGAACCUUUUUAUCUGGGGAAACAGUGGCAACUGGUUGGACGUAUAUCGUCACAGCCAGUCAUGAUCCUCGAAGAUCUCUUACAUGUGCCGCCGCAGAAUUUGAACACCAAGCCUGCAAGCCUGCAAGCCUGCAAACCAUCUGCGGGCAUGCAGCCCUGGAUAUAUUCAUCCGAGGUAUCGAUGUCGUUUCAGUCAUUUCCAGAAUCGAGGGUCCUGUUUGCAUAAUCAAUUCAUUCUUGAAGAAUGUGUAA